CCAACCCAACGACGAAGUGCUUCACAGGAUCAUCACGCUAAGGCAGUGGGCGUAUCCGCCCAAUCCGAGGGGACCGAAUCUGGGAGAGACGAGGGACGCCGGCAAUCUGGUGUAGAGCUCGAAGGACUGUUCCGAAGAAUUUACGUUGGACGUAAAGAUAUGCUUUGUUGGCAGACUCUGACUAUGAUACCCAUUAAUGUGCUGAUGAUAUGAAGAAUCCCCUUUAAGAUAAAAGGGAGACGUCCGCUAAGAUCUACGGAAACCAUUCGAUCGUCGGGCACCUCAAAAGCGGAGACCCUGACUUCGCCACUCACACAUACCGCGACUAUACAGCUUGUCGCACAGCAUCCUUAGUAGGUCAAGCGGCGGAUACAAACGGGCAAUUCAGGCGAAAUUGUUCGAGAACCGUGAUUCUCUAGGAAUGCUACACCAUUCACCGCCACGACAUUGUGUCUCCUCAACCGACUCUCCACCGCCUCAGUCAUCUCCACCACCCUCCAUCCCACCUCUCGAACACACCAACUUUCGAUAUCCAGAAACAAAAGAAGAAACCACCAUGCCCAUCCUCACCAGGACCAUCUCACCCAAACCCUCAAACCCCAACAACCAAGCCGUCCCACCCGGCACCACCAUCGCCAUCAUGCUCACCACCUUCUUCGUCCUGGCCUGCCUCAUCUCCCUCCUCAACGACCUCGCCCGCAAGCGCACACCACCAGCCACAUACCUCUGCACGACAUACAACCCGCUCGUCCUCCUCUUCACUUUCCCCUGGCACCUGAAGCGUCUGGCGGACUGGCUUCGCAAUCGCCGCAGCACUGCGUACAAGGGAAGGAACCCCUCGCCGAUGCCCAAUGACGACGAUGUAUGGCACUCGCACGACGUCGAGCUCGGCGCUGGACGGCGCGUCCCGUCCGCUCAACCGUCGUCGAAUUGGAUCUCCGCUGGCUCUGCGCAUCACGGCCAACCCCAACACACCUUCGAACCGCUCAGUGCCAAUGCCAAUCCGAAUGUGGACCUGCCGAACCAGACAUAUCUCUCGGUCCGCCACAUCGUAUCUCCAGACGGACAAGCGCAUAUCGUGCUUGUAGAGCAUCCGCGCAAUGGACGCGGCGCCGGUGGUAGAGGUGGGAGUGACAGCGUGCGACGCGUACAGCCUGACGCUGAGAUGCGGAGGGGUUCGCCGUAUGCGAGCGCUGGGGCUUCUGUCGGUGGGGAGUAUGCUGGUGCGGGGGUGAUCUGGGGCCCUUUGACGGCGAAUCCGUGGACGGGGAGACGGUCUUUGGAUGGGAGUGAGCGGGCGCAUGGAGAAAGGGGUUCUGGGGUGGGGUGUGGAGGGUCGAGUGAUGAAGGAUGAGGCGACGGAUUGUGAUACCCGGAUGCUGAAUACAUGUACGGAAUGACUACGGGUUAGCGUUCUGUAGAAUCUCUUUCGAUGAUGAAUAAUAACCCUUUUCUUUCAAACGGCUUUCUCUAUCUGUGA